AGGACCUGACUGAGGACCUGAUUGAGGACCUGACUGAGGACCUGAUUGAGGACCAUGGGCCUGCGGGAUGUCCUGUCGUCCAUCAGAGACCGAGUCGAUAAGUUUCUGAACGAGAAGAACAUGGUGACGGAGGUCCUGGGGAAGCUGGAGGAGAAGACCGGGAUCAAGAAGAAGAUCAUCGUAGUCGGUGAGGAGAUGGAGGGAUUGGUCCCCUGAUGUCUCAGAAUGAUAAACAGGAGCAGCCUUGUUCCUUAUGGAGACGCCAACAGAGACAGUGCUGUCUCGCUGACUGGACUCUACCUGAUGUACGGAUAUGGAGCCGCUCUCAUCUGCAACAUGAUCGGGUUUGUCUACCCAGCUUAUUAUUCAGUCAAAGCCAUCGAAAGUCCGAGCAAAGAAGACGACACCAAAUGGCUGACGUACUGGGUGGUGUACGGUGUCUUCAGCCUGGGAGAGUUCUUCUCCGACAUUUUCCUCUACUGGUUCCCCUUCUACUACGCCUUUAAGUGUCUCUUCCUGUUGUGGUGCAUGGCUCCGGUGUCGUGGAACGGCUCCCAGAUAAUCUACGAUAAAGUGGUCCGGCCCAUCUUCCUCCGCCACGAGGCCACGGUGGACAACAUGGUGAGCGACCUCGGCGGCAGAGCCAUGAACGCAGCCGAGAACCUCACCAGAGAAGUCCUGUGCCAUCUGGUGAAGAACAAAGCCCUGGUGACUCCGGGGCCGUCGGCCAAUCAGCAGGAAGCUAUCAGUUUACCGAGUUCCUCGGCGGCUCGAGUCGCUCCAUCAGAGCCGAGCAUAGAAGAAGAAGAACGGCCGCCUUUCCUGGGUUGACCGGUACGUCCUUCAGAUAGCAGUGGAGGAAGAGGAGGAG